AGAGGCAGGACAAUCAUAUGGCAGAUAUAAAUACCAGAACGCAAUAAAGUCCAUAGCAUUCUGCACAGUCUGGCUGCAGAAUCAACACAACGAUGGGGGUUCUUCGUGCUUUUCUGUUUGUGACCUUCCUGUGUCUAGCUACGGGAUACCCUCGGCCCGGAGGAGGAUAUGGCGGCUCGUACAGUCGUCCGGUCGUGACGAAGGUGGUCCGGCCAGUCGUCACCGUGAGGAGGGUCGUGACUCCGGUCGUCACUAAGGUCGUUACGGUGAAGAAGGUCGUAUCCCCCGUGGGAGUCAGCGGCGGACACCAGGGAGGAGGUGGAUAUUCUUCGGGUGGAUACGGAGGUGGAUUUUCGUCGGAUGGACACGGAGGUGGAUUUUCGUCGGGUGGACACGGAGGUGGAUUUUCGUCUGGUGGAGGACACGGAGGUGGAUUUUCGUCGGGUGGAAGUGGAUACUCUUCGGGUGGAUACGGCGGGAAUACCGGUGGAUUUUCGACAGGAGGUGGACACGGCGGCGGAUUUGCUGCGGGUGGAAGUUUCAGUGGAAGCGGCUUCGUCUCGGGUGGAUUCGGGAGCAGUGGAGGAGGUGGAGGAGGUUACGGCCACAACAGCUGGUGAGACUGUAUUUGUACUGUACAAAAAAAAAAAAAAUCAUAUUGAUUUUGCGUGUCUUUAGAAAUGAUAAAAUGACACAAACAUAAGUGUAGCGUCCCGUUGUAUGCAAAUGAGAAAACUUUAUUACGUAAGUGUUUACUAUUUCCUUAUGUUCAAGAGAAAUAGUUUAAUAAAAAUACCUCAUUAGGUUAUUCCAAUAUA